UCGUUAAGAGAAAGGAAAAUGUUCUCUCUAACUAUUGCCAUGAUGCUAGUUAUCAUAUUCCUUGGAGGAGCUGCAAGUUUGACCAAUAUAGAUGCCAGUGAUGAUAUGAGUUUCGAGAUACCCAUUAUCUACAAUGGGUUAUCUCCAUCUACUGCUUAUAAUCCAAAAACUAAUGUUUCCUUGGUUCCAUAUGCAGGAUACGUGGAUGCAUUAAUGCAAUUAAAGAUGAGGAGACGAGGUCACAUGUAUUCACUUGAUACAGCAAUUGGUACUCCUUGGAGCCCUGUAACAGUGAGCCUUGAUACAGGGAGUGAUUUGACAUGGGUCCAAUGUGAACCAUGCUCAAAUUGUUUUGUUAAAAUAUUGAGUCCAAUCUUUGACCCUGAUUUCUCCACCACUUAUAAAGCCAUGAAUUGUGAAUACCAACAGUGCAGUGCUUUUGAUGGCACUGCAAAGAUUGGUUGUGCUAUUGAUGGUGAGUGGAUAUGUCUGUUUGACCAAGAAUAUAUGGAUGACUCAAUAGUUCAAGGUUUCUUAUCAGAGGAUUAUUUUCAAUUCCAAGGCACAAAUGGUACCAGAAAAAGAUCUAAUUCUCCUCUCAAAUUUGGUUGUGUGCAUGCAUCUAAGGGACAUUUUUCUCCCCGAGAUGAUGGUAUUAUGGGUAUGGGGCGAGGAAAACUAUCGUUUAUUUCUCAAUUGAAUAUUUCAAGAUUUUCUCACUGUCUUUCUAUGAGUAGAAAGUCAUCUUAUAUUUCUUUUGAAGAUGCAGCAAAACUUGAGGGUGAAACUGUUGGUUUGAUUCAAAAUAUGAAGAACUCUUCUCUUUACUAUGUCAAUCUUCUUGCUCAUAUCCAUAUUGGAUGGCAGUCUUAUGAGUAUUGCUUUGAUGCAUCUCUUGAGGAUGCGGAACACAUUAGUGUGGUUUCUCACCCAUUGGAUUUAGUUGAUGUGAAGAUAACAGACAAGCAAUUAUUCUAUGAGGAGGUGGAUAUAGCAAACAAUCCCAUCCUAAUUGAAGGAGGCAUACUGCAUAUCUAUGGAAAUGUCAAUGACUCUGAAGAGGGUUCAUGGUUGGAAUAUGUUCUCAAGACCAUCACAAACAUUGCAAAAUCUGAAGGUGAACUGCUAAACAGAUCUCUUGCCAAUUGA